GAAAUUUCUUACAUCUUCGAAUGAAAAUGGGACCUCAAAGCAAAAAGCCAAGGCUGAACAACCUACACGAAAACGACUUCACGAUAAACAACUUAGAACAUUGCGGUUUGAUAUCUUGAAAUCAAAUACGACAGCUUCGGAUGUGAUUGCGAAAAGUGCAGAUGACGAGUUUCGCUUCACACUGAUCGAUACUGCUACCAAAAUGAUAGCCGGAUUAUUUGAGCUUUCAACGUGUCGGCUGAUGAUUGCAGAGAUGCGGCCGAACGCCAGCGGCGACUGGGUGGUCGUCGAGUGCGAUUGGUUCGACCGAAUCCGAGCGAUGCAGAACAACUACUUCUGGGUGCUGCAGCUCGAGGGAUCGUCGAUUGUUUUCCUAUACGGUAUCGUGUGCACCUUCGGAGCGUUGGCGAACCUUGUCGUAUUAUUCGCAUUCAUUCGAACAGCAAACCUUCGUAAUCUACGAAACAGCUUUAUUGUGAAUUUGGCUUGUUCCGAUCUGCUGCUGUGUGUGGUCACGGCGCCCGUCACUCUCUAUACCAGUGCGAACCUAUUCUGGCCGUUUGGAAACAUCUCAUGCAAAGUGCUGGCAUCGCUUCAAGCAGUCAACACCUUCGUUUCAUCGCUAACUCUUGCCUUGAUCGCUAUGGAUCCGCUGCCAUACUCACUUACUGUAAAGUCUCAGAAAUUCGACAGAGCAGAACCUUGGAACGAUGUGCACACACCAGCUAUGCUUAGCAUCUGUGGACGCUCCUAUCCAGAAAUCUGUAUGGAGCUGCAAAACACCUGGGAACGAGCAUAUAUCUCAAAGACCACUUUUACAAUAAUUGUGCUCACCAUACAGUACUUACUACCGUUGUGCGCGUUGGCUUAUGCGUACGUACAAAUCGGAUCCACAAUUCGACGACGCUCUAAAGUGAGUCGAACGAUCGACCAGGCACGACGUAUGAGCAUGCAGAGCCGUAACAGGCGUGCACUUUUGCUUCUGAUGAUCCUCGUCUUGACGUAUGCGAUUUGUUGGGCACCGAUGAAUAUUCACAACGCGUUGAACACAUGUGUGAAUCCCAUCACCUACGCAUUGGUGAAUGAGUCGUUCCGAAACGCACUUCAUCACAUGUUCCUUUCAUUUCGGCCGUGCUACGUCACAUCCGGCGAAUCGGCCAGCUCUUACAUUACCAACACUAAACCUCAGAAAGUGACUGUGAGUUUUCACUUAUUUGUUUUUCUUUUACUAAAUCUACCCAUGUUUCCAUCGAUUUUGGCUCGUGUGUAA